CGCUUAGUUGCCGCUUACAAUUUGAACCGUGCGCGAGACGUUUCAAACGGCCAGUGUGCCUCGUCGUGAGAGAAAGUUCUUCGAGUAUGGAACGUUUUCGGGUUUUCGGAAAAUUCGGUGAUGUAAUCCUUCGCCAGGAUCGUGACUCGGUUGUGAUAACGACGUUGCGUUGGAAAUCGUGAUUCGUGAUGUUUAAUAUGAAGAAACUAUCAAAGAUAGAGAUUAUACUGUGUGAGAGUCAGUUUGAAGAGAGUCGAUUCAUCCAAAGGAAGAACCAAAGAUUUAUGGAAAAAGUGCAAUUGAACUACUAGAAAACUAGAAAGUGAAAGCAUCAUGAGAUUAAUCAAUGUUUGACUGCUACGUACACUACUACAAUCAGCGUUAUCAAACCGUGCGUGCGCCGUGGAAGUGUGUGGAAAAGUGCUGCUUAAAUGCUCCUGUGUCUGUUCGUGUUCCUCUGGAAGAUCAUCAGAAAUAUGUCCACCAUAUCGGCCACAAUACAGCACGAACGGCAGCUGGAGCUGUUGAAGCAGCAGCUGGCGGAACAUCAGCAGCGCAACUUGCGCCAUAAACAUCAUAAAGUGCAACAGCAACAGCAACAGCAGCAGCAGCUGCCGUCGCAAUCAGUGAAACAAACUCAUUAUCAAAAGCUAAGAAAGUUGGGCCGCGAUAAGGCGGCCACGAAGGAGAACUUUCUGCUGCAUCGGUUUCUGUUCGAUUCUAUCCCAGAAAACGGUGUCAUGAGUGGUGGUGGUGACGGUUGUUGUGUCCAGGAGGAGCGAAGCUAUCCAGUGAGUGGUGUGGACGAGAUGAGUCGUUACAGUGAAAAAGAAGUUAAAUUUCUUCGUAUGUCAGAUCACCCCAAUCGUCAGCACGGGAAGUUUGUGUUGCAGCAGCAUCAACAGCAGAAUCAUCACAAGCAGCGGGGUUCACCCAUUCGUCGCCCAUUGGCUUCCAACGCAAACUUCUGGCCAAACAGCGGCAAUGUGCCGCACCCAACGCCGACUCCAGCAGCGGCAACGGAAACAACAACAGCAGUGCUUGCUGGUGAGCAGCAGCAGCAGCAGCAGCGGUUAAGCGAGGAGAACCUCAAAACCAACGUCCAGAUAGUGCUGGACAACAUCAAUCGAAACUAUCACGCUCUGCGUGAGCAAAUACUAAACGGCAAUAACUGCAACACCCAGUCUAAUCUAGCGUUACUGCAGAAACUGCAGAGCGUCAGUCAGCAGCUGAAGAAAGGGAAAGCCAAAAUGACUAGUCCAGAUUCCGAUACUAACUGCAAUCCCUACGGGCCACCGUUGAGCUGCUCGGUAGCUUCCUCACAGGACUUCAGCAAUGACUGCUCGGACUACCAAUGGUUCACCGAGUAUGGCUAUCGCGAUGGCAUCACCCAUCAGAGCAUUCUGUCGGCGCUUUCCGCAUCGUAUCAGGGAGUUGGAGAGCUGUCCUACUACGAGGACCUUGCCCGAAACAUCGACGCCAACCUGGCCGAGGUGGAUAUUGACAGCUUCCGCGCCGCCGACAUUCACUCACUGCUGAGUGCCGUCGAGAUUGCCGAACAGAACCGGAACAACAACGGCGGAGGGGUAAAUCCGAUCUUGUCCAACGGUGGUGGGGGGAAUGGCGCCGCCAACGUUGGGAUGGAUCUGGAUCACUCGAUUUGUAAUUCGGAGCUGUUGUUUUCGCCGGUCCGAGAAUCACAUAUCAGUGUUGACUCGCUGGAUAUGGAUGGGUACCCGAAUGAGGAGAUCAUAUUGACGUGUCAGGCAAAUAAGAACAACUACACGCUGGCGUUCGAGCAGAGCACGUUGUACUCCGAUGAGAGUUUUUAUGAUGGUCCAGAGAAACAGCUUCAGCUGUUGUCCAACUUAGACUAUAUUAUUCGCAAAACGGCUCAAGAAGACGCCACAAUGUCCUGCUCGGAAGUAGGUUAUACCACGUGGAGCAAUCUCAGACGAUAUGGUGCCGCUCAAAGAUAUCCGCUGGUGGCAAUCAAUCCUCUCAUCAAUCAGAUCUCGCGUCACUCGCCGACCUGUUUCGUGCGGAAGAGCCUCAGCAUGCCGGACUUGAAGGAGAAGUGCAACAACCACAACAACAAUAACGCUCUGGAUGCCGCAGACGGCGACCAUAACGAAGACUAUCAUCCGCAUCCGCAGCAUCAGCUGAAUGUAUCGCAGGCGGCCGUAGCUAAUAGUGGCGCUACUUCUAGAGAAUCGUUCGGAAAGCAGAUGCGAACACUGCUCCCGAUGUAUUCGGUGCCGACGGCGACGACCGACUCUGGCAACGAGAGUGUCACACCGCUGAAGGAAUCGAACUUGGACAACAACAACGAGGAGCAGCAGCACACCCAACAGCCCAAUCAGCCCUCCUUCAACCUGGUCAAACUGUUCAUCAAGCAGAAGAGCAGCUCGACGGAAACAUGCAUGAACGUAUCGUCCGACCACUGGCCCAGCGAUUCCACCAACAGCGCCUCCGGUGGAGAUAACAAUAAUAGCAGCAGCAGUAGUAACGCUAACUUGAAGGAACGCUGUCGCAAAAAGAGCAUGAAUGACUCCGGCAAGUGUUCGAACAUGGGCCGUCACGCGGAGGAUGACUUCCAGUUCGACAGUCUGGAUGUGCAAAUCAAUCACACCAACAAUAAUGAGGCGGAUAACGAUACGACAACAACAACAACAACCGCAGGGGACCGGACGGAGGAGCCACAGGAACAGCGAGCCAAGCUUAAUGAUUUCAACUCUCCGGCACACAAACGCAACUAUAAGGCGUACAAUUUGAACAUCGCAAACAAAAAUAUGCCCGCGGUAAACCCGAUUGUAUAUAAUUUAAUGAAUAACACCUUCGGAGGCGACACCGCCGCCACCGGCGGAGAACUCAACUCCAGUAGUAUUAUCAACAAUAACAAUAACAACAGCUUUAAGGACACCAACUCAGACGCCAGCCGCACAUCGGAAAACUUAACGCAAAUAUUCAACAUUAAUCAACUGAACGCAAGAACCAACGUUCCCAUCGAGAUGAUCACGAGAUCGAUGCAGACAUCGUUCAUCGGACCGAAAGAGAAGGUACGUGUCAUUCCACCCUCCUUUCUGGAACGGCUCAACAAGCUGGGCGACAAGCAGAAGGCACCGGUCUUUGUGGUGUACCCAAAUUACGUCCUGCCGGAUUUGGGUUUCAUCCGUGACACGGAUCAUGAUAUUUCGCUCAUUCUAUCGCCACACUCCUUCAAGGAGAACUUGGGACAGACCCAACUGCAACAGCAACAGCCGCGCCCGGUUGAUAUCGAAAAUAUCAAAACAAAAAAAUACAACAAGCAUCUGGUGGAUUGGAAGUCUCUCGUAACGUUGCUCCCCCAAGAAUACCGGAAGCUGCUGCGAGACAUUCCGGAAGCAAAUGAAUGUAGCUUCUCGGAGGAUGCCGCGCUGCGGAGACCGCUGUUUUGCAUGACUCCGCCGCUGAGACGUCGUCGGGGAGUUACGUGUGACUGUGCAUACUUGAUAAACAACCAAACCUACAACAGUUCCCACAGCUCUAGUCAACCACCCAGUUCGGGCUAUCGUGGCUCCUCGACGAUGCUUACCGAUUCGGAAAUGAACGAAAGUGGCGGUGCGAUCAACAAUAAUCUAUACGUGUACCAGUACGACAGUCCGGCGGAGGUUCCCUCGACGGAGCGGCCACCUUCGGGUCGGUCGGUCCCAAAGAGCAUCCUUAGGAGGCCACCAACUAAACCCAAACGUAACAGCAUGUUUGAGGAGAAUCAAAACAUCAGUCGGAAUGUGGAGAAGAGGCGAUCACUGCAGGAACCGUGCUACACCUUCAACGAGGAACAUCUGAUUCCUGAGGACGAUGAUUCGAUCAACGAGCUGCCCGAUGUCUGCCUGCGGCGGGUCAACAAUUCGCCGAACAUGUCCCAGCACCAAGCCCGUCUUCCGAAUGCGCUGAAACUCGCCUCAGCCGAUGAUUACCAUCGGCUAAACAAGCUGAACGAAAUGAACGAUGUCGAGUUGAACAAAGCCGUCAGCAGCAAACUGAACCGUGCUCAGCAGCAUCAGCAACGGCUCGAUGACGAGAUGGAAGCACGCAUCCACACCGAGCAAUUCCUUUCCCACGUGCCGAAAUCGGAACUGAAGCACUAUGCGGAAAUCGUUCAGAUUCUCGAGGCUGAUCAGGCCACCACUGGUCCGUCGGAGGAUGCCUACGAUCGUACCCGACUGCGACACGAGGUCAGUCGCGCCUUGUCACAGCGGAAAAAUGUGUCCUUCAACGCGGUUCCAGCGGCAGGUGGCGGCGGAAGCGGCGUUAUCAAUACGACUCCCGUCAGACAGCAGCCACAGUCACAGCCUCAUCCCCAGCUGCUCCGACCAACGGAAAUCAGUUUCGUGACGCCUCCCAACUCGCCAAACGUGUCGGUCACGGUGGUUCAGAAACGUCCCCACAAGCCUACCCCUCCCGCGUCACUGCCGUCUCCGGUGGGCGAAAAACAGGACAAAAUCCAAUCGAAUCGCUUCAAGCGAUUGCAAAUUCAGUGGGAACUGCUCAGUAAGGAAGGCCAACAACUCAGACAGGAGUUGCAGCAGCCACGAAGUGGGGGCAACACCCCGACGAGUGCCACAAAGUCGAGAAUUCCCAGACCGGUCAGCUAUCCAACUACGAGAGCAAACUCCGACCCAGCGGUAAGCAAGACACUGAGAUCGCCCAGCCGUAUCGUACCGCCGAAAAGGUACAGCGCUGCUGCAACAACAGCUUCCCCGAGCGUCGUGGCACCAAUGCCAGCACCGCGGGCAUCCAACAAGCCGUUGCAUACCACACCGAAGAAGAGUGCCGCCGCCGCCGUCGGUACACCGAGGCCGGCAACACGCACACGGAUACCGCAUGGACCCGGUCAAAGUAAAACUAGCGCGACGACGACGCCGUCAACCGCAAUCCCAAAAUUACAAGCAGCAACAACAAAAUCGACUGCUAAGAGGACAACUACGACUCCUGUUAUCAGCAAACCAAAAGCAACGGCCGUUGUUUGUAAACCAGUCAUAAAAUCAUCGAGAAGAGGACCCAAUAAAGUCUGAAAGGAAAGGGAAGCGGGAAGGCAGGUUUAGAAAUAAGCAGUAAGUAGGGGUACCUCAUCUGUUCAGCUUUUCUCCCUAUUAUACUUUUCUCUCUCUGUGUUAUUCAAAAAUAUAGUUUCAACAUUUAUUUAAGAAUAAAUCUCACAUCGCAGAUAACAUAACAGUUGUGCAUUAAUGAUCAGAAAGAUUUUGCUGGGCUACUGAUGAAAAUAAAUGCUGUAGUCAUUGUUAUGAAUUCCAAUAGAAGUUUUGGGGGUCCUCGGAUCACUUCUCAUCGGUAGAGUAGAAUCGUGCCUGUUCCGCGUUUCAAAGCAUAACAAAGCAUAAAUGAUAUCGAGUUAUUUCUACGGCUUCCGUUUUGCUCUCUCUGUCGUUUGAAUAUCUCCAUUAAAAAGGCUUGUUUUUGCUUUGGCCUUAGUUUUUUUUAGGUCGUUUGGCUGAACUGCAAAGCAUGGAGAUAUCAGUUAAUUGUCUGAUAUGUGAACAGAACUCAUGUUUUUCGCUCUAACUACUGAACAUAAAUCUACGCGAAGUACUGAUGGGAGUAACACAUCCUGUGUUUUCUUCUUCGCUUAAUUCAGCGUAUUUUGCAAAUAAAAAAAUCCCAACAAUCGGUGCAGUUGGGAGUUCCCACAACCAGCCAUAUCAGACAAUAAAACACCAGUUAUUGUUUUGCGGUUAAGUUAUUUGAGAAAGGACAAAACAAUAAAAUUCAAACAGAAACCUUGUUAGUGGAGUUAUUCAAGCGACAGGGAGAGAGCGAAACGGAAUACGUAGAAAUAACUCGAUGUUUUUUUUUUUUGUAAUAUCUUGAAACGUGAAAACAUGUUCUCCGCUACUCUACCGAUGAGAAAUGAUCCAAGGGCCCCGAAAGCUUCUGUAGCGUUUCAUAACAAUGAUUACAACGUUUAUUUUCAUCAUUAGGCUCGCGUAAAUCUUUCUAUCUCCAACGCACAUCUGAGUGCGAUCUGCAGAGGGAGAGAAAAAUGUAACAGGGAAGAACGUCGCAGACAGAGCAAAAAGAAAGAGAGGGAGAGAGUGAAAGUAUAACCCAAGCAAGCUAAGUCAUUAGUUUUAAGGAUACCACACACACACACAUUUAUAUAUAUAUAUAUAUGAUAUGCAAUCGGAAGUGAGAAAUAAGAGUGGGUUGUGCAGAGCAGCAGCAGCAGGUUACUUCUUCGAGUAUGCGCGCGCGUGAUUAGUGAUUAGUAGUAAUAUACAAUAAGAGUAGCAGCAGUAAAUACUAUGCUGGAUUCGCUAAAUGAAUAAUAUUAUCUGUACUAUCCUCCCUUAUCCUUCCCAAUACAAAUCAACACCAAUCAACACACACACACAUACACAGUAUAUCGGUUUUUUUAUAAGUUUGUAUAGAUAUGGUUUUAUUUUAUUUUUUUCGAACGAAACGACUGAAUUCGCUAAGGAUCGAAUUGAAGAGAGAGGGACUCGAAUUUAAUUUACGGUUGAAAAUAGUAUGUAUGGUUUAGGUUGGUUUCAUAGAAAAGUUUCUCUGUGUUUUCGCUUUUUUCCAGAUUUUCCUAAGUCGCUAAGUCGUCGUUCAGUCGUCGAUUUUGCGGUACAAUAUAUUUCUUUCUCAUCACGUGAAUAUCAAUUAUGACAUCGUUUGUAUGAUUUAGUUUUGAGACUCUGCUUCGGAACGGUUUGAAAAUAAGCCAUACUUUCGAACGCAGGAAUAAUUCAUUGCCGCUUUCUGGCUGGCUGUUGGUGAUACAAAAAUCAAGUACCGUACAGCUGGAGACCAUUUGCGUAAUCGGGAACAUAGGGCCGCAGAAUAUAAGAAUGAGGAACGCGUCUGCUAUGAAGUCAGUGAUGUACAUUUGGAGAUUUCUGAUUAAAGGUGUCAGGAUGUGCUAAAUCGAUGCUUGGAGACUGUUGGAAUCAAGUUCAUAUGCAUGCGAUCCCAUGCAGAGAUCGAAAUGUUCGCUACUUAAGAAGGAGAACACCCGUUUUUACCCACGGAUCUGGUUUGAUUAGGCAAAACUAGUGAUCCCCGAUAAUCGUUCGAUUAAUCGAUUAAUCGAAUACUUCCUACAGAAAUCGAUUAUCAAUCGAACGAAUACUGCACAACCAAUAAUCGAAGCGAACGAAUAAUUUACGUCGAUUAAUCGAUCCAAACGCUGAGAGAAAAAAACGUACGGCCGUUGCAGUUUUAAGUGCGAUUCACAUACAACAUACACGUCACGUUCACGUCCCGUCACGUCACGAUACGUCAAUGAUUCUACCAUGCAAUUCUCAUGAAAACAUUCACAUACACCAGCAACGUAACGACCCGUCAGCAUACGUUCAACGAAAAAGAACCGGCAGGGUUUAUACAAAAGAAUAAUGACGGAGACGCACGGCUCGUUUGGUUUUUGUCUGGGCUUUGUGUCUCGGCUUUUGUUUUGAUUUGAUUGUAAAGUAAUUUACAUCUACAUCGACAUUAAGCUAAUUGAACAGAUCUGUGAUGCAACACGUUUAAUUGGACAUUUUUACCUCUAGUUGGAUAUUUUUGUAAACAUUGAGUUCGGGGCCCAAAUUAUGGCCCCACAUUGAAAGUCGCCACCAGUCGCAAAGGUCCUAUUACUGGUCAAAACCGACUCCAAUGCGACACUGAGUGGCGCCUCAGCAUAUCGCUUUACAAGUAACUUACUGUACUUUUUAUGCCAACAUAUCUCUUAGUUCCAAAUUUCGGAGUGAAAAUCAUUCGCGACUAGUUGAAAGAAUUAUUCUAUUUAUUAUUAUUAUUGCAUAAGGGUCGGACUACGGGGUAUAAGCAUUUAAAUAAUUGAAUUGAAUAAUUGAAUUUUGAAAAAUUCAAUGAGAAUCAUUCAUUGAAUUUUUUAAAAUUUAGAACUGAUUCUAGGCAUGCUGAUUUGAAAGAGGGCAUUGCAAUUUAAAAUUGUUGUAGGUGGCGACACCAUGAAUAAAAUUAAAUAAAUCAUUCGUUUAGCAUUUGACGUGACGGUGCUGGUGGAAGCAUUGACUGCAUGUGUGAAUUGGUGGAGACGUUGACGGAACGUAGACGUUCUUCUCCGUAACGUGCUAUGUGAAUCGCACAUUAUCCUGAAAAUCAAUCAUUAUCUUUAACGCUCCCUUAAGUUCAUAAACGAAGCUCAAUGCCGUCAACGCGAAUUGAGCAUUCUUUACGACUUUAGGGGAGCGUAAAGGAUAAUAAUUGAUUUUCAGGUGGAAUUAACAUAUUUUUGAUUCCAUAUGGCUUUCUAGCAAAUGAUAAAUAUUAGUCUGACGGAUUAUUUCUCUCAGUAUUGCGAUUAAUCGAUUAUUUGGGUCGAUUAAUCGUAUCGAAUAACGAACUGCUGAAAACUAUUCGAUUAGCUGAUGAACGAUUAAUUUCAAAAAUCGGGGAUCACUAGGCAAAACAGGCCAACGUUGGUCUAGUUGGCUUUGAUUUUUCGAUUAUAAUGUAAGCCGUGCAAUUAUAUCCAUGACAGCAGUAGAUGGCAGAGACUAUUAUGCUGAACGCAACCAAAUGUUUACGCAGCCCUUCUCACUCUAAUUUCCAUAAUACAAUGGCACACUUUGACUCACAACUGUUAUUUGAUUGAGAAAUAUUUCGAAAUUGUUCAGUCAUAGUGAACCAAUCAGAUGUAUGGCACGAUUCUCGCUAUCUCAUUCUACCUACCGUCACCGCUUAUCUCACUAUCCCUCUGCUGAAAAAGUUCAUCAUCGACAUCACGAUAUGUCAGUUUGUGAUAAAUUGCUAAUUCGCAGGGGUUAGACAUCAAUUGAAUAUAGGCUACCCAAAACCAAAAUCAAUAUGGCGUCAUUUGUUUAUCAACAUAUCAUUUACGAGGAUACGAGGAUACGAGGAAAUCGAAAAAUGCGCUGCUUUAUUCUAACUGCAUGAGCGAUUUUCAUAUUUCGGUUUCACAUGGAGGUGUUUACAUUCAACAUGGAGUUUAAAGUUAGCCACUAUUCGACUAUAUAACCGGACCGAGUUUUUUUUUUUUUUUUUAUCUUCGCUUAUUUUUCGUCGGCCUAUUUCCGCCACUUUAGUGCCAAUCACCGACAUCAGGGAGGCGACUCCACCUGUUCCUACCUAUCAGACUCAACAACUCAUGAGCCGGGCCAACUUCUUUUACUUCCGCUCCGAAGGAAGACGUAACCAGAGAUUUUUCGCCUCAGAAAAUCCCAACGACGCCAGCUGGGAUUGAACCCAGGCCGAUCGGAUUGUGAGGCUGUUACGCUAACCAUACAACCACUGGCGCCGUCCCGGACCGAGUUGUAAACAACAGUAAUUGAUAGAACCAAAAUGUCAGUGAACCGCAGCAAUAUUGGGUACACUGGCAAUAUGAGAGAUUUGACGUUUUAGUCGUACCCCUGGUAAUUCGCGACGACAGUGGCAUUGUGUCGACGUCUGGUGGCGACUUCGAAUUAGGGCCAUAAUUUGGGUCCUAAACUCGUUAGUGUGAUCUCUAUCAGAUUAGAAGACGCGAAGCCGGUUUUUAAAUUUUAAAAUUUGAAUGAAAAUUUUCACAUCAUGUUAUUUAAUUACUUGAAACAUGUAUUUCUGACUUUCAUUCAACCAUAUGGCUAUACAAUUCCAACAUUGUAACUGAAUUUUUUUAUUAUAAUAUAAAGUUAUCUUCACAAACAAUUUUUGUAUGAGACCUUUUCCCCACCUGCAAUUCAAGUGUUUUUAAUUUAAAUAGAAUACUAAUUCGAUAUAGAAAAGCUAAUUUUCAUUCAUAAUUUUAAUUCUGAAAACGUUCAUUCCGACUGCAAAUCAGCUAUUCUUUGACGCUCCCCUAAACUAGUAAACGAAGCUCAAUGCCGUCAACGCGGAUCGCUGUUUUGAAGAAAACAAAUACUUUUGACGUUGGAGAUGUUGGCACCAAAAACAUGGCGGGUGUCAUACGGCUGGAACCAAUGUCCUGGAAAAAAGGUAAUGAAGAUGGUCGAAUUUCGAGCGACAUAGCAUGCGCUGCCAUAAAUAUUUCGCAAAUAGUGACGUCAGUCGUUGUGUUUAUCUUUGAUUGCCCACCGCAUCCAUGUGAAAAUGAUAUUUUCAGGAAGUAAUUUAUCAAUGAAAAACGUACAUUUGUGUAGAUCUCCAGCUGAAUAUGAGGCUAAUGUGAUAGCGUGAAGUGAAUAUUUGUGAAAUCACUUCGAAAAAGACGGAUAAAAGUGAUAUUUCCAUGUGCCAUUUUCACUCCCCCACGUUCAUAGAAUCAAACGAAGUUUCAUUAUUUUAUCGUUAUGAAGUUGAUGUUUCGAAGGCUCUCAGUGACGGUGUGUAUGUUGUGAGGUGAUAAUCGCCAAUCAAUCAGAAUUUCACCGAAAAUGUUACUGCUUUCGAGAACUAAGCAUUCGACUGCUCUCUGGACCUUUUUACCACAUGAAUAAUCGAAAUAAGCCACGAUAUAAUUGUCACCUGUUAGGAAACAACCAGUUGAAUGAUUUCAUGAGAAUUUUGGCUCAAAUUAUCAUGCAACCGUGAGUACCUUCAAUAUUGUUUUGUUUCUUCCAUAUACAUUCCAUAUAGAAUGCAAAUAAUUACGACACGAUAUUUUGCUUGCCAAUACAGAUACACUUCGCCUACUACUCCACCUCUAUAUGUACCUCAUGGAUAGUGAACCAAAUCUAAAGAAUGGUUCAUUUGAUUCAGUCAGAGUGGACUAUGUACGUAUAGGGAGCCAAAUAACUGCCUUUUUUGGCGCGAUACUAGAUGUUUAUUACAAUUAUCAUACGUCAAAGUAUUUCCAGAGAGUAGCUAACAAUUCGGAGAACAAUACUGAACGAAAAUAUUAAAUGGUUUGAAAAUUGCAGAGCACACUGAACUUCAAGUUCAUUUUUCUCGAAAUCAUAAAAAUGUCACAUGGUCCGGCCUGACUUAACACCGACCAAAUGUGAGACGAAAAAGCAUUUUCGUUGGACUUCAGAGAGAGAUUUCUUCUACAUCCUUCGUAAAAAAAAUCGAUGAAAAGGGAGAGACGAAAAUUUAAACAUUGCACUACUCAUCGAGAACUAGAUUGAUUAACUGAAUACUUAUCUCGCAGCUGAACGAGAUUUUCGAUCUCUGAUCUCAUGUAACUGUUCGAGUGUAGGAUGUUGUGUGCGUGAGUGUAUAUUUGAUGCAAGAUGCUGGUCAAUCCGAGCGCGUUUCCCUUUUCUAAAUCAAAUUUUAGCUAGAUUCGAUCGCAAUGAGGCACAUAUAUACACCCUCAUUCUUGUUUUCGAACGAAAAGAAAUCGUUCGAAAGAAUGUACCAUUUGUAUUCUUGUUUUCGUACGAAUCAAAUCCAUUCAUUCGAACUUUCGAAAAUUGAACAAUUCGAACGAAUCGGCCAUUCUAGUUUUCGUACGAAUGUGUUUUUUCACGUGGUUUCACGUCACUUUUUUCAUGCGAAUUCCGUUCGAUUGUUAAAUCAGUACAUAUUCAUGUUUUUCGGAUAAUUUGAGCUUAAGUCGUACUGAUUCUGCUGUUCAAUCUAUUAUAGAAGGAAUUGAGUCAUUGAGGAUUAUGAAUAUGAUUCAUGAACAUUAUUAAUAUUUCAUUUAUUUGUGUACUUUUUAUUACUGUUUUUGCUGUUUUACAGUCUAGUUAGUAAAAUUCAAUAAUUGGGUUGAUUUUCCGACAAAAUUAACGAACGACCACUGUAUGGGCGACACUUUCACCGUUGCUUUGAUGAAAUCUUGUAUGAAAUUUUAUUGAUGCAUGAAAUCUUGCAUCUGAUGUUUAUGUUCGAGAAAGGUCUUGUUCGAACGGAUUCGUACGAAAACAAGAAAGUAUUUUUCGAAAUUUUUCGAAUCUAGUCUUUCGAACGAAAGUCAGAUACGGUCGUAAACAAGAAUAAGGGUGAUAAUCUUGCUUACGGAUUUGGACUAUAGAUGGUCGGUGUUCGGUCAGACCGGACUUAGUAACAUAAUUAUGAUUUCGAGUAAGUCAAACUCAGAGUUUGAGGCUGUGUAAUUUCAAUAGCUUUUAAUCAUUCUCCCUAAUUGGUUUCCUACCGCUCUUAGUUACUCUUUAACAAGGUUGUGUAGUUAUAAUAUUACAAAAAAAUCCUUUUAAAGGUCAAUCAAGAGGGUUUUACGACUGGGUAUGUGUACUUGGUCCACUCUGACUGAAGAAUUUGGUGAUAAAAUUAUAUAAUUUAUUCAGUACGCAGUGGAAAUGGAUUUUAAACAGUAGAAACCAAACCAAAAAAAAAACUCGAUUAGUAUGUACUUCAAAAUUUACAAUUCUCGUUUUUUCGAUAUUCUUCAACGACGAACGGGUUAGCGUGAUUUUGAAAAAGGGUACUUGCAGUCAAUGAAAGACCACGUUUGAAUAUGGAAUCGAUUAGGAAGUGUUCCGUAAUUGCGAUUUUUGUUUCUCUCUGACACUUGGUUCACUCUGUCUGAACAAGAUAUAAUAAUAUAUUCGAUCAACUUUUCAAUCACUAUUAAUUGUCUGAAAUGCAUAUACAUUGUGUUCCAAUAUGAGUUACUUUUCCGUGUUCAUUGAAGGACGUCGCCUUUUGAUGCGGAAAAAUCCAAUAUUUCUUUUGAAAUUCCUUCCAUUUUGUGGUUGACAGAAAAACAUGGUUUCUCUCUAGUCGCUCUGGUCGUAGACACUUGGUCCACUCUGACUGCAUACUGUUAUCACUUUUCGCUGAGCAGUCAAAAUAAAUUUAUGCCACAAACCUGACGGUUUGUAACAUAAGUUCGAUCUGAUAAAAGUGGAAAGUUGGUUGGGAAAUUCUUGAUUGUUUGCUACUAUUAACUCAUUUUUUCUUAUUUUGUUACUUCCGGUCCGGUCUGACUGAACACCGACCAGAUAUUCUUUAACGUUUUUCCACCACUAACAAUUGAAACACUAGUUAUCUUUUUUUUAGAACCUCGGAAGGUCGUUCGUAUGGUUGCUAUAACGAUUUCUUCAAUCGAUUCGCAUAAAUGCAUAUUUGCAAACCUGGAAUAUUUGUUGCUCGAAGAACCUGUGUUCGAGAUUGUUUUCAGAUUAUCAGAAAUCUUAUGUAGUUGCUGAACAUAUUCGCUACGAUCUAGUUUUUUUUCUUUAAAUUCGUCGAAGAACUCGGCAGGUAUAGGUGUUUGUUGGCCAAUUCUACUGUAGAAGAAUUGAAAUCUUUUAGCGCUGCCCGAAUUUCCAAAAGUAUUGGGAUGUAAUUCGAAUCAAUAAAAAUUUUGCUCGUUAGCUCUAUUUUGUUAUUAUAGAUAUACCGAGCAAAGUUGGUAACAUCCACCGAGUGCUAUCGGUGCAAGUGUCAGGGAUUUAUACAUGGUACACUUUGUACGGGAUCGGAGUUCGUUGGACCUUUGGGAUUUGCGGAUUUGCGGAGCCCAUAGUAGGCGCAACUUCCGUGUUUCUGUCGGGUAUACGAGUCCGCUACCGUCGCAUGUGCUCUUCUGAUUAUGUCCAUGUUAUUGGCGAAGCAGAUAAACUAUCUAGAUUUGUUAAAAAUCGUAUCCCACAUGUUGGAGCCCGCCCUCUAUAUACCACCUUCCAGCGCCACAUUGAAGAGCAGACAGGAGAGUCCAUCAUCUUGUCGAAGUCCCCUGUGAGUCAAACGAUUCUGAUUCCGAUUCCUGCGCGCUGUUCAGGUGUUCAUCGUAGUGGCGCCUCCACCUUUCGAUUACCUUGCGUUCGUUCGUCAAGAUGCCUCCUUCUUUGUUCCUGUACAUUUCAGCCCGCGGGACAAAGCCUUCGUGGGAAGCGUUUAGUUUCUUGAAUAACUUUCACGAUUCCCAGAGAACGUUACAGCGGCUUCAUCUCCUCACAGUCUUUCUCUUCCUAGCGGCGCUUUUGACGUGGGACUACGUCUUACCGGAAUAUAUAGGGGGUAAAAUGAAAACCUAAACACAGAACAUGCAGGAAAAAAUGCAAGAUUUCGAAUGCUUAUAACUCAAACAUUUCUUACUGGAUCGGAAAGAUGUUUGCAUCAAUCGAUAGUGAAUAUUUCUACGCAUCUAUCGCAGCCAAUAAAAUGUUAUUCUUCUUUAGAUAAACAAUUGAAUAAUUGUAAAACGUUAAGCGUUAUCUAAACGCCCUAACUGCCUCGUUUUGAUUGGCCCGAAUUACUGUUUCCCCAGCACAGCCAUCAAAACCAAGCAGCCUUGGGGAAAUCGGCAUGGCAACUACAUGGAAGUAGGGGGACUUUUGUUCUCACCGAAACAUGUUCCCUAACACAGACUUCAAAACCAAGCAGGGUUGGAUAAAUCUGUAUUGCAAAUACAUGAAAGUAGGGAGAGCUUUUGUUUCCUAACAGAAAUUUCUAAACUAAGGUGCCCGGGGGAAAUCGGCAUUGCAAAUACGUGCAAGUCGGGGGUAUUUUUGUUCCGACUGAAAUUUGUUUUCCUAACACAGACUUCAAAUCCAUGGAGCGUGUGGAAAUUGGCAAGGUGUCCGGGGAAAUCGGCUUUAAAUGCAAAAUGCGAGAUCUUUUAUAUUCGCUUGCCUUUGUACAGUUUAGAAUAUGUUGCCUUAACACGGUCUUCUAGACUUAUGAACCUGGGAAAAUCGUGCAGACACUAGAGGCGAAUGAACAUUCAAGUUUAAAGCAUUUGUAGUAUAAAAAGUAGAAGUUGAAGUUAUUGAUUCAUGCAAGCCGGUAAUACUUCUGCACACGUAUGUUUUGUUUUGCACUCCAAAAAGCGUUCUCCUAACACGAAUUACAAAAGCGGCUACGAACACAACGCUUUGGCUCGGUUAUUCAAGAUUGCAUUGAAGGAUAUGCCUUCAUAUCCUCUACUCACUGAAUUUCUACGCAUAUCAUUUGAUGGUUAGGCAAAAUAUUGAUAACCAUUUUCUACGAUAACGCCUAUUGAUUAUACAAUAUGCGUUCGACGUACAUGUCAAAAUCGAAACUGAGUGCCUGAAGCUCAUCAAAUCCAGCAAAUUAGAUUAGGUUCGAGAAGUACGUAAACUUGAGAGAUGCAAACUUCAGAGGGAAAUGUAAAAUAAAAUAAUCGUUUGAUAAUUCUUCCGUUCAUAUAUUUUGUCCUAGGAAUCAUACCAAACGUAAAGGGACUGUCAUUAAAUUCACUUGUAGUGGAGAACAUAAUCUAUCACAAUGUAUGAAUUGACCUUACAUGGCAUUUAUUCAGUCUUUUUACUCACACAGCAAUUAAAUUGAAUUCAGUUGAAUUCGUAAAUUGUUUCAUUCAAUCAAAAACUCAAUCAAUACAAACAAAUGAUUGCUAAGCUAAGGUAGUUCCACGUCAACCUUGCGGUUAUAUCAUAGUUAUAACCCACCGAUUUUUUUUUCGAAAGAGAUGUGCUUGCUGUCUUCGCUACAAUCUGUAUUGUUCAACACUCUGUCGAGUCGCUCGUUGCAGCAUGGCUGCUUGGGUUGCAUCCUUCUCACUCAAAAGCGCUCGGCACUCGUCGCUAAACCAUUCGUUCCGUUGUCCUCGUUGUUCAUACCCGAUGACGUGCUUCUAAUUGCUGCUUUUCAGAUGAUAUCUGAGAAAUGCCAACCGUCGAUCAAAACGUGGUCAAUUUGUGUUUCUGUUUGCUGAGAUGAUCUCGCUACGAUAUUGAAAUUGCAGGGCUCUCAAUAUUUCCGAAAGAAUACAGGGCUUACACAAACCCCCAGUUUCGCCGGAGGACCAUCGUGCACAGAUCUGUUUAGAGUCCCCGCUAGUACGAAGAGAACGGUCAGCCGCCCCUGACAUGGGGAACAGAUGUUGUUUUGAGGCACAUCUCCAUGGCAAACAGAUGCUCGGAUAGGCUCUCUUUCCUGUCAGCAUACGACCAAAAUCCCACCGGGGUUGAUUACCCGAUCUUCACUAUGGUUACUCGUACCUCAGUCAGCUUCGCGGGGAGGUAGGGAUAGAUACGUUUAGUUCAGUCGUUCACCAACCAGAAUGGGAUGCUAAGUAUCUUCUGUGCCUGAUGCGAACGCCAAUUGGUGUUUUUGACGCUUUGGUGCACCCGUGACCGAGUGGUUAGCGUCUCACAUUAUCAUGCCGGGUGUUCGGGUUAGAUUCCCGUUCUGGCCGGAGGAUUUUUCGUCAGAGAAAUUUCCUUCGACUUGCACUGUGGUCACGCGUAUUCUAGAGCUUGCCCCUCGGAAUACAUUGAAGGCGUGUUAUUUGGCUUAAGAAAUCUCAACUAAGUAUUAAUAAAUGACGCUAGUUAAUGCAUUCGUUGAGACGGCAAAAGCUCCACAGAGAACGUUAACGCCAUUCAAGAAGAAGAAGACGUUUUGGAGAAUGCGAGUGCGACUGAAAUAAAAAAAAACUGAGCUAUUUUCAAGAUCUGCUACUCUGUGAAACCAAUUUAAAUCAACCUAGAAAAGCUGGAAACAUCUGUUUAGUCACUGUUAAGAAAAACAUAAUGAAAACUUGAGAGUGCACUCUUAUUUCAAAAUUUCUCAGUUGAAAGCUUUUUUUUUGGAAAACCGUUGUAAGAAUAGGUUGUUUCUUUUGCUUUGAGUGCUUUUAAAGCUUCUCACAAUAUUUAUUACCUUUUAUUUUAGGUGGGAGGUUAUUGAUGUGUAAAACUCUGAAUUAUUAUAAAACAUACGUUUUAUGGGCAAAGUUCUGCUCACAAAAUAUUCAUCUUCCACUGCGACUAAUUCAAAACAAAUUGACAAUUCGAUAUAUAUUCGGUUAAAGGAAAACUGCACACAAUGCUCAAGUAGUGCAUAGUGCAUACCUUCAGGCGGAUUUCCAUAACCUCCGAAUUCCCAAUUUGAUGAAACCAUCAAUAACUCCUUCCGACGACAGAUGGCGAUUAUACCAUUCCCUGACCCUUUCGGGGAAACUUCUCUAGAACAUUAUUCUUAGCAAACGAUAUUCCGAAACACGUGUACACUCAAUAGUUUUUAGCGAAUGAAGAAAAAGAAUAACGAAAUGUGAUCAGAGCAUCCACUCUGCAAAUUAUUAGCUGUAUUGUGUUUUGUGUCUGUACCAUUAUCUUAAGUUUCUCCUCGAAGUAGUUAGUCGUAAAACUAAGACACGAUUCCUUUAGCACCGCGAACGUGUGUACGAUAUUCGCAUAGAUUUUCGUUCCCCAAUGCUAGGAUUAUAUCUACAUUAUUUACUUUCUAAUUCAAACGACGAAAUGAUAAUCGAAAGGUGGGUUAAGUGCAUUUGUUAAUUUUCUCCAAAAUAAUAUACAGCGAUUCUUACUUUAGUCACCAACUUCUCGACGUGUAUUCUAUUUUGGCUUUUGUAUCCUCAUCUAUCGCGUUUAGAGAAUCCGAAACAAAUUCCUCUAGUUCGAUGCGCGUCAAAACACAAUCCUGACGCAACGCAUAGAGUGCCAUGAAAAAUGAAAACGCCAUUCGACCAUUACUUGCGUUCUACACUUAAUUGUUGUAUUGUUUUAGCUCAUAUCCCGAUUACUGUGGGCUCAAUUUCGGAUCAAAUUGUGUUGAAGACAACUGUAAGUACACGCACCACAAUUUGCUAGCUAGAAUGUAUUAUAUUCGCUGUGUUUUUUAAAGUUUGAGCUUUCUGAAAGGGGCGCGCACAGUUUAUUUCCUCCACGAUUUCCGAUAGGAAUUGUUAAACAAACAAACAAAUAUCAAAAGACUAUCGCGCCUGCUUUAAUCAUUACAAAACGCUUUCGCUGUUUGUUGAAUCAGAAUCAUUCAUUCACACAUUAACAUACAUAAAUGUACGCUCACAGACACACACUCACCCAUAUAUAUAUAUAUAGAGUUUAACUGAAGGGUCACUAUUUAUGAUAAACACACAACACAAGAUGAAAAAGUGUAAUUAAAUUUCAUAGGAAGAGCUCUAAAUAAGGUUACAAAAUAAACUCAAAUCGAUGCAUACAAAAAAGGGACGCAUAAUCAAAGCAUCUAAUACAGUCUGUUUGUGGACGAAGCAAAUAGUCACAUUAUAAUGAUAGUUCAAAAACAGAAGCUUAUUUACCCACACCUAUCUGAACCUCCAAACAAAACGUCUAGAAAUAUAAAAGACAGAUACAAACACCA